GCGAUGACUAGUUUUAUAACGGGUGGAGAAAGCGUCUCAUAGGCUACUUCGGAAACGCUUAGUUUGCUCCGAUCUCCACUUAUAACUUGUUUUCUGGGUUAUUCGCUGUUUUCAGCUACCUUAUCUCCCUGAAGAUUUGAUCACCUGCAAUUAUUGACAGCCAAUCAAGGUGUUAUCAGUUCUAAUCGUUGUGAAGGUGUACAGAAGUCUCUGCCUAUUUAAACUUGAAGACCGGCUUUCAUAUUUUUAAUCAUUACGCGGGUUUGAGAUAAUUUUAAUUGGAGGUGUGUUGUCGGCAGAAGGGUGUGAAAAACAAGCACGAGCUGUGAACGUCAAUCCAACAUGCAGUUGGUAUCAUUGUCAACGAUGUUCUUUCUAAUAGAAGUGAGCAAUGGAUUGGUUCAUGGUGUUGGCUCAGAACACGAUUUGACUUCCAGGACAAAACGAAGUAUAAACCCUUGUGCCGAUAAAUUUAGGGUUAUCAAGGGUCACACGGCAUGUCUAUCCGGAUCCGUUUCGACUUCACUGUUAGACAAAGUACCACAAAGUGACAUAGAUCUGAUUGUAAACAAACAUAACGAAUACAGAUCAAACGUUUCACCAACAGCCUCGAAUAUGUUGCAAAUGUCGUGGGAUGUGGAGACGGCCAUGAUAGCUCAGCUGUGGGCAGAGCAGUGUAAACUAAAACACGACAGCGGAGAUAAGAGAGUGAUCCCAGGUAAAUUUUCCUUAGGACAAAACAUUGCCAUGGGUGCUACUAGUUGGCUAGAAGCUCUGACUUUGUGGGAAAACGAGAAAACUAAGUUUCAUUUUGGAACAGGCAAUAAUUUCGAAGAAGUUGGACACUAUACACAAAUGGUGUGGGCCAACACAAAUAAAGUCGGAUGUGGCGUUGCCAAGUGUGGAACAAGUAACUUCCAUGUCUGCAACUAUGGACCAGCUGGAAAUAAUGGAAAUUACAGUAUUCCAUACAAAACGGGAACACCCUGUGAUGGCUGCAAAACGUGUGAAGGAGGGAAAUUAUGUGAAUGCAGACUGACGUGUCUAAAUGGUGGAACUUUGAAUCUAUCUUCCUGCACGUGUAGAUGUAGACAAAACUGGUCAUUUUAUGUUUUCCACAAUUGUUCAAUGGACUGUAGUCGAGUGAAGACUGACCCCAGCGUUUGUCAAACUGAUUAUGGAAGUAACUCGUGUGGACUUAUUGCCAAUGACUGCCCCAACAAAUGCAAAUUUUGUCCGUAUAGUAGCUUCAACUACACCAAGGAAGCUACAGCAGUGCUGCGGAAUCAAAACCAAAUAUCAUGUUUGUGCUUUCCGUCAUAUGGUUUACAACGCUUCACACCAUCUUCUUCAUAUAACAUGCAAGACUGAGCUCAGUUCGUGUGUUUCUUUACAGGAAUGUCAUAGAACCAUUUUACUUUUUUAAUUCCAGUGAUUUUCAUUUCUGAUUCAACUUUUACACUUUUUAGUGAUUCACGUGUAUAUUUUAAUUAAUAAAACUA